AUGGAUUUAUUUCCAGUUUGCAGUGACGAACUGAAGAUUGAGGUAAAAACUGUGACUGCUGGACAAAAUGUGACCCUAAGCUGUCCUCGCAAGACCUCCGCUCUCUACCGAGAAACUUUUUACUGGAUCCGACUUGUUUCUGGAAACUGGCCUGAAUUUCUUGGAUCAACAGUUAAUUUCAAGAUUGACGACGUUUCAAAGAUUCCUCACAUUCAGACCAAACAAGAGGAAAAAGAAUUUAUUCUUCAUAUCAAUGAAGCUAAGCGAAACGACACUGGACUUUACUACUGUAUCAAAAUCAGACAACUUGAUUUCAUAUUUAUGAAAGGAACAUUUUUGAAAAUUGAAUCAGAUAUUGUCGAUGUCAUUCUGGACUCUCCAUCUGGCUCAGUUAAUGCAGAAAACUCAGACACUCUGCAGUGUUCAGUUCUCUCCGACUCCGAGAAGAAAACAUGUCCAGCAGAUAGCAGGGUUUACUGGUUCAAAGCUGGACCAGAUCAUUCUCAUCCCAGUUUACUUUAUCUACAAGAAAACAGUGGAGAUGAAUGUGAAAACAGCCCUGAAGCUCAAACUGCACAGAAAUGUUUCUACAACUUUUCUGGGACCUCUGACAGUGGGAUUCAUCACUGCGCUGUGGCUGCAUGUGGACAGAUAUUAUUUGGAAACAGAUUAAAACUUUGGGGUGCCAACUCUAUGGAUUUUUCCAAAAUAUUACUUCCUUCAUUGUGUUCGGCUUUGGUUAUAAGUCUUGUUGUAAUAUCUUGGCUCAUUUAUAAAAUCAAGAAGAAAACGUGUGGCUGCUGCAAUGGUCCGGCAACAAGUGGUGGUGAUAACCAAAAGCAGAGUGAAGAAAACCAUUUGGUUUAUUCUGCACCGACAUUCAAAAAGAACAAAGCUAAAAAAGGAGAAAGAAGGAAUGUAAGAACAGCGCAAGAGGAGACGGUCUACACUGACGUUAAAACAUUUCGAUAGAUUUAAUUUACGCUAAAGUGAUGAAUUAGUUUUUGUUUCUCAUUCUUAAGACCAGUAACACAGAUGUACUUUUAAUCAAG